AUGUUUUCAGACAGUCUGAACGUCAGCUUUGUGGAAGAGGCAGAGCUGAAGGUCCUUUUCCAUGAUGCCGGUUCUGACCAGCUUUUCAUCGGAGGCCGGGAGCAGCUGUGGAUUCUGACCUUUAAGGACUCGAUGGUCACGCCAACCCGGAUACAGCUGAGUGCUGAUGAAAAGGUGAAAGAGAACUGCAAGAAGAAGACGGGGGUGGACCAGAAGGAGUGCCACAACUUCAUCCAGGUGAUCCAGAGGCUGAACGCCACAAACAUCGUCGUCUGCGGGACCAACGCCGCUUCCCCCAAGUGCUGGCUUCUUGACAACAACAACACCUAUUACGAAAGCCAUUCGCUCAAAACCAACGCAGCAAACAUUGUCCCCGCGUUCCCGUCUCAAACCGCCGUGACCAUCGCAGUAGGUAAGGAGGGGCCUUUCAAGGCUGCUUAA